CACAAGAAUAAGUAAGUAUAUAUAGCUUUAACAAUAAGUUUUAGUUUAUUACAUAAUAUAACUUUUUACAUAAAAUUCAAACAAUCACUAGUUUAUCAAAACAUUCAUAUUCAUGUUUGUUUCAAGAGUAAAAACAGCAAUACUGAAAAACAGUACCAGUAUAUGAAUUAUCUAAAUAAUUUGCAAAUGGAUCACAAAUGUAAUGUUUGGGUAUGACUCUCACUUAGUAGUAUACAUUACAAGUUACAAAAAUUUAUUAUCUUCAUUAUUAAAAGCUUCAUUAUUGAACACUGGACAUGUUGGGCAUACCCAGGCAAGAAGCCUGUAUUUCCAACCAGGUGACAAUGUAUUUUCAACUGGGUCACAUGUAUUUCCAACUGGGUCACAUGUAUUUCCAACUGGGUCACAUGUAUUUCCAACUGAGUCACCAUGUAUUUCAUUCUGGGUCACCAUAUGUUUCCAACUGGGUCACCAAGUAUUUCCAACUGGGUCACCAUGUAUUUCAAACUGGGUCAUCAUGUAUUUUCAACUGGGUCACAUGUAUUUCCAAAUGGGUCACCAUAUGUUUCCAACUGGGUCACAUGUAUUUCCAACUGAGUCACCAUGUAUUUCAAUCUGGGUCACCAUAUGUUUCCAACUGGGUCACCAAGUAUUUCCAACUGGGUCACCAUGUAUUUCAAUCUGGGUCAUCAUGUAUUUCAAUCUGAGUCACCAUGUAUUUCAAUCUGGGUCACCAUGUAUUUCCAACAGGGUCACCAAGUAUUUCCAACUGGGUCACCAUGUAUUUCAAUCUGGGUCACCAUGUAUUUCCAACAGGGUCACCAUGUAUUUCAAUCUGGGUCACCAUGUAUUUCAAUCUGGGUCACCAUGUAUUUCAAUCUGGGUCACCAUAUGUUUCCAACUGGGUCACCAAGUAUUUCCAACUGGGUCACCAUGUAUUUCAAUCUGGGUCAUCAUGUAUUUCAAUCUGAGUCACCAUGUAUUUCAAUCUGGGUCACCAUGUAUUUCCAACAGGGUCACCAAGUAUUUCCAACUGGGUCACCAUGUAUUUCAAUCUGGGUCACCAUGUAUUUCCAACAGGGUCACCAUGUAUUUCAAUCUGGGUCACCAUGUAUUUCAAUCUGAAUCACCAUGUAUUUCAAUCUGGGUCACCAUGUAUUCCCAGCAGGGUCACCAUGUAUGAUUUCAGUUUCCACAUUCCCCUGUUCUACAAGUGCAUUCACGGCUUCCCCCUGUUCCAUAUCUACAUCUUUGGUACCCAGUUCUAUACUAACAACCCCAUCUUCAUUCACAGAUGUGAGUAAGACAGCAUCAUGUUCAGUGAUAUAAUGUUCCUUCAUUUCUUCCUCAGUCUUUAAUAGAGCAUUACAGCAACCACAUGAUAUAUACAUCUGUUGGUCCAGUUGGGGUACAUGGGUCCUCUGGUGCUCCUGUACUUCAGUCUUUGUAAUGGCAGUGAACUCACAAAGAGAGCAUUUAUAGCAAGGUAUGUCACUGUGAGAAUUCAUAUGCUUCAUCCAGGAAUGACGUUUAAUACCAGACCAACUACACAGCUCACAUUGAAAUGGUCUCUCA